AUGCCUCAAACCUCUACAUACGGCACAGAAAGUGCAGCAAACAAAGAUAUUGGCGGCAUUCCUACUAUCCAUUAUUCCGAUUACCAGUCCCGAGGUCGAGGUCAAGUAGUUCGACUGUUGCUCAUCGAUGCAGGAGCUGCAUUCAAGGAUAUUCGGUACACAUUCGAAGAAUGGCCAGAACAUGAGAGAAAUGGGAAAGUUGCCGAGAUAAAUCCUACGGGAAAUAUACCAGUGGUUGAGAUGCCGGACGGAAAAAUCUUGACACAGAGUUAUGCUAUCCUUAGGCAUUGGUCAAGAUUGCUAGGCGUGUACGACGGGAAGAAUGAAGAUGAGAAGUAUUGGGCCGAUGCAAUCUGCGAUAUUGUUGUUGAUUGGCGAACUCUGUUCAUUUCAGCUUUCUUCUCUGACAGCCAAAAAGAGGACUAUCCGAAACAUCAACAAGGCGAUUAG